AUGCCGUUGCGCAUCCCCACGCUGCGCCAUGCUCUGCGCCAGCCCCUCGUCAACCCCCGCGCUACCCAACGCCGCUUUGCCCGCGUUCAGGACGUGCGCUUUCUCGUCACACACGACUCCCAGGAGCGCAUCCUCGCCAAGUACAAGGAGAAGCUCGAGCACAAGGCGCGCGAAAAGGGCCUCAGGGACCUCGACGAGCUCAAGGAGCAGUACAAGGACAAGAUCGAGGAGCUGAGGAAGCAGGCCAUUGUGCCCGGCGCAACCGGUCCAUUGACGCCGCCACCAGAAACAACCACAACCACAGCUACAACCCCACAAUCCCAACACCAACAGCAACCAAAGAGCCCUUGGCCGUCGCCUCCUCCGCCGCCCUCUGCUUCAGGCUCUCCCUCGGCGCCCCCGCCAGGUGUCAAGACGCUUAAUUCCUUCCUCGAUCUCGACAAAGUCAAGACUCUCCCCGAGAAAGAAGUCCAGGCCCUGUGGCGCCUACGGCACGCUGCCAAUCCACAGAGCGUCCAUUUCGCUGUUCCGGCCACGACCUUUGCCCAACUUCUCCGCAGCGCAAAGCAACACCCCUCCUUCGUGCUCCCCGUCCCCCGCGAGAUACCCGCCGAUGCCUCGUCCGCGUCACCGGAACAGCCUCAGACGCAGCAGGCUGCCGAGCUGCACUAUCUGCAGUUCUCCCACCCGCACCUUGACACCACCACGCUGAUGUUCACAACGCUGGCAGAAUUCAAGCUGAGGGGCGAGUUCGCGAGUCCGCACACCACCAUCACCUUCCACCAGGAGCUUGCCGAGAGCCACAACCUGGUGCUGGGCCAGGGCCUGGUCAUCGAGAACAGAGGCGUGAGCGUUGACGAGGCCAGAUGGCUCGUCAUGUGCAUGCAAAAGUUCUACGUGCAGACAGAAGAGGGCAAGGGACGCAGUGAACUGCUCAACAUGUUCACUCGCGGAGACAGCGCAUUUCAGGUAGAGCGACUGAUUGAUGAGGCCGAGAAGAUAUUGUAA